AUGGUCUGCACCAUAACUAUUGAAGGUGUAACACUGGUGAUAAAUAAGACCCUCAGCAGUUUCUUCAAGACUCAACAGGCACAGUUUGUCACAUGGCAGAUUGAGACAGAAUAUAGAGGUAGUCACUUUACAGCAGCAGUCACUAUGGCCAACCCUGACAUUCUGAGGGGAUCAGUUAUCGUGGUUGCACACUUUCUUCAAAGCGUAUCCCCACAGUUGGUUCUGGGGGGAGAGCUGGUAUACCAUCGAGGUCGAGCAGAGGAAGGGGGCAUUCUUACCCUGGCAGGGCAGUACUCAGAUUCAGAUGGGAGUGGAGUUUGA